UGGUCCAUCGUCCGCAUGGCCGGGCGUGGUGGCCAGUCCAAGGUCGAACGGCUGAGGACCACCUCCCGGUAUAUAAAGGACGGCGCGCGCCGGACCUGCAUCACGGUAUCCAGCCGAGCUCAAUCAGACACCAUGAAGGCUUUCGUGUGCUCUCUCCUCGUAGUGCUGCUGGUGGCGGCCGUGUUGGCCCAGGAGAAGGCCAAGGAGACCCUGAAGGGCGCCGAGGCCUACUACGCCUACGCCGCCCCCUACGCCUACAGCGCCUUCGGCUACCCCGCCGUCAGCGCCUACUCCGCCUACCCUUACGCCGCUGCGGGCUACCCCUACUACUACCGCUGAACACGCCUCACUGGGCUUGUGCAUCACUCUUGAGAAGCCGUGCCUAUUGUACUUCAGAUCACCAGUGCCAUAAAUAAAUGUGUAUAUAGCAACAA